UCAAAUCUUUAAUUAAUUAAUUAAUUAAUUUUGAGAUGCUGUCACUGUCACCUGCGUGAAGAACAGGUCUGUGUAGAGGUCCAAGGCUGGGGUGGAGGUUGGAGAAGUAUGUGUCAUUGUGACUACCUUUUGAGCACGAUUUCACGGUUGCCCUGUUAGAUACGUGGAAACCAAUGGGGUAGCUUUCUCUAUGGUUCUGGAGUAAACUCUGGGAGGUUUUUCCCUCCCAUUUGCACCCUGCAGUCCUUCCUAGGGGCCCAGGGUGAGAUGGGAAGAAAGCACCCAAACCUUGCAACUCCAGCAUAAGGGGAAGGAUCCAGAAAAACACCAGGAGAAGCUGAGGUGUCCAUGCACACGCCAAGUGCUGCCCUUGCUUCAGAGCCUCGAGUGGGCUGAUGCACCACCUGGUGGAGAGCUGCGGGGGAGCGUGUGGCCUGGGCCACUGAGCAGAGGUGAAUGGCAGUUAACCUUAGCUUGGGGACAUUUAUGAUACCAACCGCCAGGCCUCUAGCAGGGGAGCUCCGGCGACAGCAUCUAUCACUGCACUAUGAUGCCAGUGUUGAAUCUUUGAAAUUAAAAAGUAUUAUUUAGGAAUUUUAAGAAUAUAUGGAGCAAAAAAUGAUAUCCGACUUGCCCUCCUGGUACAUCUUGCUGGCUAAGCAAAACCAGGCUCAUGGCAAUAGGCCCAACACUUGUCCGUUACUGCGAUCAGGGCGCUUAUUUUUAUCUCCAGCUCCUGUCCGGGACACUCCCUGGCUCUCCCAAAUAUAUACUUGGCUGGUCUCACUUCAUUAGGGUGUCUGAUCAGAUUUCUCUCCUUAAGCAGAGGCAUUUAUGAACCUUGUUGGGGUGCUGGGGGGGGUUGACUGUUUAGCUCCUUGCUGCGUCUAAAGUAAACAUUUAAUAUGCAUUUUGGUUUCAAAACCCAGAAUUGGGCAGAGACAUGUAUGGGAUUAUGGGAUCUGUCAGAAUUGGAAUGGCUCUGCGUGCUAGAGAAGAGGAGAGAGCGAGUCUUGGUCUUGGUCUUAAUAAACUGGUUGGGAUACAAGGGAAAUUCUCCCAUAAAGAAAGAAGCAGAUGACGUGAAAGGUGUGUGCGAACUGGAAUAGACCUGAUAGUUGUAACGAUAAGCUUUGACAAAUGAGUCCAAGAAGCAGAACUUUUGCUUAUUCUUCUGUCCUCAUUGAUGUUGGGCUGGGGUAUUCAAUGUGGGGCCGGUGUGGAUUGGUCAAAAGAAAGAAGCAGAAGCCAGGAAGUGCUUGUAACUGAAGAGGGCGGUGGGGCACCGGGGAGGAAAUGCUGUAACUGUCCUAAGUGUCAUCUUCCUGUGGCCCAAGCAGGCUGCACACCUGACUUAAUUCAACAGAGCAAGCUGCACAUGGAAGGGUUCCGAAGCCUCAAGGAGGGUGAGGCGGUGGAGUUCACCUUUAAGAAGUCUGCCAAGGGUCUGGAAUCCAUCCGUGUCACUGGCCCUGGUGGUGUGUUCUGUAUUGGGAGUGAGCGGCGGCCAAAAGGGAAGAACAUGCAGAAGCGAAGAUCCAAAGGAGACAGGUGCUACAACUGCGGUGGGCUAGACCAUCAUGCCAAGGAAUGCAAGCUGCCACCCCAGCCCAAGAAGUGCCACUUUUGCCAAAGCAUCAACCAUAUGGUGGCCUCGUGUCCACUGAAGGCCCAGCAGGGCCCCAGUUCUCAGGGAAAGCCUGCCUACUUCCGGGAGGAAGAGGAAGAGAUCCACAGCCCUGCCCUGCUCCCAGAAGCCCAGAAUUGAGGCCCAGGAGUCAGGGUUAUUCUUUGGCUAAUGGGGAGUUUAAGGAAAGAGGCAUCAAUCUGCAGAGUGGAGAAAGUGGGGGUAAGGGUGGGUUGCGUGGGUAGCUUGCACUGCCGUGUCUCAGGCCGGGGUUCCCAGUGUCACCCUGUCUUUCCUUGGAGGGAAGGAAAGGAUGAGACAAAGGAACUCCUACCACACUCUAUCUGAAAGCAAGUGAAGGCUUUUGUGGGGAGGAACCACCCUAGAACCCGAGGCUUUGCCAAGUGGCUGGGCUAGGGAAGUUCUUUUGUAGAAGGCUGUGUGAUAUUUCCCUUGCCAGACGGGAAGCGAAACAAGUGUCAAACCAAGAUUACUGAACCUACCCCUCCAGCUACUAUGUUCUGGGGAAGGGACUCCCAGGAGCAGGGCGAGGUUAUUUUCACACCGUGCUUAUUCAUAACCCUGUCCUUUGGUGCUGUGCUGGGAAUGGUCUCUAGCAACGGGUUGUGAUGACAGGCAAAGAGGGUGGUUGGGGAGACAACUGCUGACCUGCUGCCCACACCUCACUCCCAGCCCUUUCUGGGCCAAUGGGAUUUUAAUUUAUUUGCUCCCUUAGGUAACUGCACCUUGGGUCCCACUUUCUCCAGGAUGCCAACUGCACUAUCUACGUGCGAAUGACGUAUCUUGUGCGUUUUUUUUUUUUUUAAUUUUUAAAAUUUUUUUUCAUCUUCUUAAUAUAAAUAAUGGGUUUGUAUUUUUGUAUAUUUUAAUCUUAAGGCCCUCAUUCCUGCACUGUGUUCUCAGGUACAUGAGCAAUCUCAGGGAUAAUAAGUCCGUAGCAGCUCCAGGUCUGCUCAGCAGGAAUACUUUGUUUUGUUUUGUUUUGAUCACCAUGGAGACCAACCAUUUGGAGUGCACAGCCUGUUGAACUACCUCAUUUUUGCCGAUUACAGCUGGCUUUUCUGCCAUAGCGUCCUUGAAAAAUGUGUCUCACGGGUUUCGAUUGAGCUGCCCCAAGACUUGAUCUGGAUUUGGCAAAACAUAGGACAUCACUCUAAACAGGAAAGGGUGGUACAGAGACAUUAAAAGGCUGGGCCAGGUGAAAGGCACAAGAGGAACUUUCCAUACCAGAUCCAUCCUUUUGCCAGAUUAGUGGAAGCCUGCCAUGCACAGCAGGGUGUGAGAGAGAGAGUGUGUAUGUAUGUGUGUGUGGAUUUUUUUUAAUGCAAAUUUAUGAAGACGAGGUGGGUUUUGUUUAUUUGAUUGCUUUUUGUGCUGGGGAUGGAAUCUUGGGCUUCAUUUGUGCUAGGAAGUACACUGCCACUGAGUUAUCCCAGUAAGAAUGCAACUUAAGACCAGUACCCUUAUUCCCACACUGUGCUGUCCAGGCAUGGGAACAUGAGGCAGGGACUCAACUCCUUAGCCUUUCACAAUCUUGGCUUUCUGAGAGACUCAUGAGUAUGGGCCUCAGUGGCAAGUGUCCUGCCCUGCUGUAGCGUGAUGGUUGAUAGCUAAAGGAAAGAGGGGGUGGGGAGUUUCGUUUACAUGCUUUGAGAUCGCCACAAACCUACCUCACUGUGUUGAAACGGGACAAAUGCAAUAGAACACAUUGGGUGGUGUGUGUGUGUGUCUGAUCUUGGUUUCUUGUCUCCCUCUCCCCCCAAAUGCUGCCCUCACCCCUAGUUAAUUGUAUUCGUCUGGCCUUUGUAGGACUUUUACUGUCUCUGAGUUGGUGAUUGCUAGGUGGCCUAGUUGUGUAAAUAUAAAUGUGUUGGUCUUCAUGUUCUUUUGGGGUUUUAUUGUUUACAAAACUUUUGUUGUAUUGAGAGAAAAAUAGCCAAAGCAUCUUUGACAGAAAGCUCUGCACCAGACAACACCAUCUGAAACUUAAAUGUGCGGUCCUCUUCUCAAAGUGAACCUCUGGGACCAUGGCUUAUCCUUACCUGUUCCUCCUGUGUCUCCCAUUCUGGACCACAGUGACCUUCAGACAGCCCCUCUUCUCCCUCGUAAGAAAACUUAGGCUCAUUUACUUCUUUGAGCAUCUCUGUAACUCUUGAAGGACCCAUGUGAAAAUUCUGAAGAAGCCAGGAACCUCAUUCUUUCCUUGUCCCUAACUCAGUGAAGAGUUUUGGUUGGUGGUUUUGAGACAGGGCCUCACUCUGUAGCUGGAGAUAGAGAGCCUCGGGUUCCUGGCUCUCCUCCUGCCUUCUGCACAGAGUCCCCUGUGCAGGGAUUGCAGGUGCCGCUUCUCCCUGGCAAGACCAUUUAUUUCAUGGUGUGAUUCGCCUUUGGAUGGAUCAAACCAAUGUAAUCUGUCACCCUUAGGUCGAGAGAAGCAAUUGUGGGGCCUUCCAUGUAGAAAGUUGGAAUCUGGACACCAGAAAAGGGACUAUGAAUGUACAGUGAGUCACUCAGGAACUUAAUGCCGGUGCAAGAAACUUAUGUCAAAGAGGCCACAAGAUUGUUACUAGGAGACGGACGAAUGUAUCUCCAUGUUUACUGCUAGAAACCAAAGCUUUGUGAGAAAUCUUGAAUUUAUGGGGAGGGUGGGAAAGGGUGUACUUGUCUGUCCUUUCCCCAUCUCUUUCCUGAACUGCAGGAGACUAAGGCCCCCCACCCCCCGGGGCUUGGAUGACCCCCACCCCUGCCUGGGGUGUUUUAUUUCCUAGUUGAUUUUUACUGUACCCGGGCCCUUGUAUUCCUAUCGUAUAAUCAUCCUGUGACACAUGCUGACUUUUCCUUCCCUUCUCUUCCCUGGGAAAAUAAAGACUUAUUGGUACUCCA